CCAUGAGCACCCAGUUCAUGGACGAUGUGCUGGUGGCCGCGGCAUACGCUGGCGCAGAAGUGCCUGAGACAGUGAUUCCUCCCUCGAUUGAUGUGCUGCAUCUUGACACGCCUGGUGCAGUGGCGCAAGUUGAGGAAGGAGAGAUACAAGCAGAUGAUGCAAUCGAGCCUGUGGACGACGCAGACAUGGGGGAUGCAGAUGAGUCCAGCGAAGACGACGAGAGUGAUCCAGACAGCGACGACGAAGAUCAAUCGAAACUUCGGCUGGAGAUCGAAAGCGCGUUGAAAAAGGAAGAGCAGGGCAGCUUGACGUCUGCGCCAGUGGUCACCGCUCACGAAGUGUUCCAACUCCCCGUGAAGAAACCCUCCAUGGAGCAACUCACGGAGGAAUGCCCGAUCUCAAAGAUGGGGCGAAUCCUCAACGUGAACCUGGCCGAGCGAGCGAUCACGAUCCAGAGCCUCCCGCACCAGAUGCCGUUGGACGAAGGCAGCGUGCUGUGUCUACCCAACCGCGUCGUGUUGGGGUUAGUCGACGAAGUGUUCGGGCCGGUGUCGCUUCCUUUGUACUUGAUUCGCUUCGAAACCGCAGACGAGAUUCCUGCCGGUGCCAUCUUGCAUGCGGACGUCUUGUACGCGUCGGAGCAUGCCACGUACGUCCAGGCAGACAAGUGCCGCAUCAAGGGCUCGGACGCGUCCAACCUGUACGACGAGGAGCCUGCUGCUGACGAAAUGGAGUACUCGGACGACGAAGCCGAGCAGUCGGCCAAGAAGAGCAAGCGAAAGCGAACACCCGCAUCCAUUGGCCCACCGCAGCAGCAGCGAGACCACAGUCACCACCCAUCAUCCUCUAGACAACCACACCAACGCCCACCUCCGUCGUACCCACAGCACGCAUCGUUUGCCCGUCCCCACCAAGGCCACCACUACCAAGAACAUGAUCGUCAACCACAUCAGCACUUUCAUCCGCCGCAGCCGCAGCAGCACAACCACCACCAUGGAGCUCCGUACCCUCCUCCACAGCCGUCGCACCCCCACGGAAGAGGUGGUGGGUACUACGAGCAGCCCCCCCCUCCAGGGCAGUACUAUCCUCCACCCCACCAGCCUUCGUAUCCCCCACCCCCUCCUUACUACAACCAGCAACACCCGAAUGGAUAUCACGACCCCCCCUAUCACCCCCGCGGCGACUACCCCCCGCCCCCCCACCAGCAUCAUCCCGACCACCACCACCAACCCCCUCCUCCUGGAUGGCAUCACCAGCAACAACACCCUCCACCACCUUCGUACAAUCGGCCGUCGUAUUAG